UAUAAUUAUGGAGGCUGAGAAGUCCAGGGUUGAAGAGCUGCAUCUGGUGAGGCCCUUCUUGCUGGUGGGGACUCUGCACAGAGUCCCGAGGUGGCGCAGGGCAUCAUAUGGCGAGGGGGCUGAGCGUGCUGGUUCAGGUCUCUCUUCCUCUUCUUAUAAAGCCAUGAUUUCCCCUCCCAUGAUAAUCCAUUAAUCCAUGAAUGGGUUAAUCCAUUCCUGAGGUCUCUGCAUCUUAAAGACCUUACUUUUCAAUACUGCCACGUUGAGAAUUAGGUUUCAACGUGAGUUUUGGAGGGAAUGUUCAAACCACAGGACCAUACCUGCUUUGUGUGUUUAUGUGUACUAUUUAAUUCUCUGACCAAGGAAGGUGCUGCUCUCCUUACUUUGUGGAUGAGGAAACUGAGGCACAGUAUGUUCAUCUCAUUUGUCCAAAGCCACACAGCUAAUCUAAGGCUUAAAUAGGUCAGGCUCUUACUGCUUUGCAAACAGACCCAAGUCACAUGUCUGCUGCACUGGUUGGGGUACAGCGGGAAUGUUAUAGUCUGGAGUGGAUGAUUGGGGGCCAGGGUCAGAAUCAUGGAAGGCAUCAAGUUUUGGGGGCACUGCCAUCUUCCCCAGUAACUUCCAAGUUGGUCAGGGUAAUAGGUGUUGCCCUUGUACUACAGUAAUGAGAGAAGGUCGUGGAAGAAGGUGUGGGGAGCUCCAGAGGCCUUUGCUGUUCUUUCAUUUAAGAAAGAAAGAAAAGCUAGUAUAAUCUUGGAGUGAGAAAGGCAGUUUCUAAACAGAAAAAUAUGAAACAUGUUUCAAAUAAAAAUAUCUACAGAUAAGAAUUUAUUUUUAAAAAUUCACAUGUACCGAAAGCUUACCCAAAAUUCUAAAAGGACCAGCUGAGAAAAUGUAUCAAUGCAUACUUACAGGGUUUACAUGCAUCAGUAUGAAGUUACAGGGUUUAGAUCCAUGAAAAUGUACUUGCAUGCUCUAGAUGCAUCAAAGUGUACUUGCAGGAUUUAGAUGCAUCAAAGUGUAGUUGCAGGGUUUAGAUGCAUCAAAGUGUACUUGUGGGGUUUAAAUACAUCAAAGCAUACUUGCAGGGUUUAGAUGCAUCAGUGUGUACUUGCAUGGUUUACUUGCAUCAGUGUGUACUUGCAGGGUCUAGAUCCAUCAACGUGUACUUGCAGGGUUUAGAUGCAUCAGUAUGUCCUUGCAGGGUUUACAUGCAUCAUCAGUGCUGUGCUUGCAGGCUUUAGAUCAUGUGUUCAUGUUAUCUGUAUGCCCACGCUUAAGAGAUAAGCACAGGUGGGCAUUGCUGCUCCCUUCUGAACUGACCCUACUUUAACUCCAGCCUCCCCAUUCUGCCUCCACAGCUUCCCCUACUCUUUCUCAGUAAAACACUCAGGAGAAUCAUCUACCUUCGUUGUGCCAUUCCUCACCUUCUAUUCAUCCUUUUUGAAAAAGUAAUACAUUUUAAUUGUGAAACACUUCAAGCACUCAGACAAUACAGAACCCACUGCUUCUGGAAUGCCCUCCUCUUUGGUUUAACUUCCUUCUUCCUGAAGCAAAUGCUUUAGGAUGCUGGUUCUCAAAAUUUUUGAGGUCAGGUUUCCUUACAUUCUUAAAAAUUAUCGUAGUGCCAAAAGAGCUUUACUUUGUGAGGUAUAUCUGUUAAUAUUUACUGCUUGGGUAAUUAAUACUGAGAAUUUAUAAAAUAAUAAUUUUAAAAUUACGAUUAUAAACCUAUUACGUGUAAACAUAGAUAAGCUUUUAUGAAAAUUUUUUCAAAAAAAAAUCAUGAAAAGGGUGGCAUUGUUUUAUGUUUUCGUAAAUUUUGACUGGCUUAAUAGAAGACAGCUGGAAUUUCUUAGCUGCCCCACAAUCCAUGUAUUGGGGUGUGUUGUUUCAGUUGUAGUGAGAGAAGCAAGUCUAACCUUAUACAGGUAGUUGGAAAAGGGAGGAGUAUUUCAGUUGACUUUUCAGGUAAUUGUGGAUAUCUCUGACACUACAUCUGAAUUCAACAACAGGCAGUUUCUUAAAAUUAGUUGCCACAUGGAAUCUGAAACCACAGUGAUAAACUUUUCAUACCCCAUUACAUUACAGUCCUUUGCCAUGUCUUGCACUUAUCUACAGAUGAUCUAUAACAUGAUACACUGAUCGCUGGGAAAAUAGUGGUCCCUUGACUUAGGUAUCUUCUAAGCAUUGUCACAUUUCAUUACACACUCUUAGAAAAUCACAUUCAUUAAUACCACCACCAGUCUCAUCAGAAAAGUCUCUGAGUAUCGGGAAAAGUUAGAUUCACAGUAGUAGAUACAAGAAGUUUCAUGGGGAAGCUCAAAUUUUAUCAUCAACAAUAAAAUACUAUUGGGAUUCUCUUUGAAGUGACAGGCUCACUACAUUCAUUUUCAAGAGGAUGCUUGCCAGAUACCAGUGUCUGAAAAAUGAUAGUUUUCAGUUAUUCUUUCAAACCCUGCAAGUAUGCUUUGAUAAAUAGAAGGUGAGGAAAAUGAUGUUUCAUGGCAAUGCAGCUAGUUCAUGGUGUAACUCAGGCAAUCAUACAGGUGCUGUGUCUCAGGACCUCCAUCACUCUUUGGCAUAGAGCAGAGAUACUUAGAAUAUCAGGAACACUUACACACAAGGGUUGCUAGUUAAUACAAUUAAUACUUUUCACUGCUUCAUCGAUAUUCUUAAACUGUUUUCUGUUUCUGUUUGGGUUUUGUUCUUUGGCUUUUGUAAGUUUGAGUGUUUGAUGGUGAAGAAUAUGAAGGCUACUGGCCCAGUGGAUGCUAUUGCCUUAAUUUGUGCAACUUUUCCCAUUGCUUCAAUACCACGAGUGUUAACACAACAAAAGGCAGAUCUCUCCUUAGAAUGAUCAUUGAAUGGUCGUGAAAAUAGUCUUGACCUUUUGGAUCAAGGAACCCCAAACCUCUGCUUUGGGAUUCCUGCAUGACAUUAAAAGGUAUGCCCCUAGAUGGAGGAGAGAUUGCCCACUCCACACUCCUUCAACAGCAAGUAUUGAUGUUAAGCUCUGAUUUUCCAUUUCUUCUGGUUUCUAACAGCUGAUAAAUUCUUUCCUUUGUUGCCAGUCUUCUUUAAGCAUUCUUUUCCCUUGACCUCCAGAAUGCCACCACUUUUUGGUUUCUUCCCAGCUCAUGGCUGUUACCUUCCCUUCUCCUUGCUGGUUUGUGGUAUUUCCUUUUCUAUCUGACCCUUAAAUGCGGGACGUCACAAAGGCUCAGCCCUGAGUUGUGUUCUGUUUUAACUCAGCUCUUGUUGGGUGGUCUCAAGUUCCAUGGCUUUAAAUACCAGUUUUGUGCAGGUUCCCCAAGCUACACCUCCAGCUCAGAACGUUCUGCUGAGCUCCAGUUCAGUGUACUAGUUGCCCAGUUGAUGUCUCCACGGUUUCCACAGGGACCUCUGAUCCUGCUGUCAGCCAAGCUCUUCCUCCAGGCCUCCUCUUUUUAGAAGUGGCAUCUCUAAUACUGAGAUGAUCAGAACAUUUGAAGUCUUGUUUGAUACCUUACUCUCUCUCUCCCUACAAGCCAAUCAGCCAUGAAGUCAUGAGAAGUUAUUCACCAAAUUACUUUCUUUCCAUCAUCAUUGCCGAUCUGCUGCUUCCUCUCCUGGGUCCCAGAGCCUCUGGCCAGUACUGCUGCCGCCACCUUUCACCAGGCCUGCAGGGUCACCUACACCAUCUCCUGUGCCCCUGCGUGGGGCUGUCCCUGCUCACCACCCCUCAGGGCCUCCCACUUUUGUUCCUGUGAAUCCCAGCAUCUGCCUGUGGCUACAGGCCCCUGCCUAGUUUGGCUUGUCCUUGGCUUUCUGACCUCAGUUUGUGUCUCAGAUCCAAGCACAUUGACCUCUGCUGUAUUCAGGCAACAGACCUGGUCUUUUGCCACCUCUGGGUUUUCCAGGACUGGUUAUGCUCUUCCUGCGGUGUUCCUUUAGGUCCAGUUUAGAGACCGGGAUUCCCUCCUCCCAGCUGCUUCUGCACACGCCCUGUUGAUGGCUGUCUCAUAUUACCCUGGGCACCUCCCUCAGUACCACAGACCCUUUGCAUUAUCAGCUACCCUGCCAGGUUCCCCUGCAACGUGAGCCCAUGCCAGCAGCCCCUGCCUGUUCACAGCAGCAUGGAGGGGUUGUGUCACUGCGCGUCAUGUCCGAGGGCACCCCUGCGGAGCACCUACCAGUCUGUUAGAAAAACCUAUUCCCUUACAUGACCGAAGGACUGGGAUGAACAGUUCAUAAAAGAAAAACAAAAGUGAGCAACAAGCUUUAUAACUGUGUUCCGUUCUCACUAGCAAUUGAUUUCAGGAAAACCACUUGGCAGUAUCACCAAGAUCCUGAAAUCUAAUACUCAGUCUCGCACGAUUCCACGUUUCAGAAUCUUUCUGAUGGAAAUGGCUAAAGAUAGGAUACAGAUUUAUAUGUGAGGAUAUUUUUCUGAUAAUAUGUAAAAUCAGCCAUUUUCAUUGGAAGCAGUGAAAAUGUCUCUGAAUAGGAUGAUGGUGAAAUCAGUUAGUGAUGGGUGAAAUGAGUGGCUUUGUGUGGCUCGAGCAGAGAUGGUGUCCCUGAGGCUGCAAUCACUAUGUCAGGUCCAGCCAUAGGGGGCAUUGGAUGCCAGGUGAGCAGUCAGAACAGGUGUGACUGUCAGAAUUUAAGGAGAGGUGCCAGCUGAGCCUGGGAUGUGCAUUACCUUUGAAGAUAUAUAUACUGGUGCAGUCAGGUUUCAAAAUAUGUUUGCAUGAAUGAGAUUGCAAAACUUAAUGGUUAAUACAACCUUGGAUUCUGAUAGGGUGUAGCGGGGAUGGCUCCUGUGUGGUCCGUGAUGUCUGGGACCCCAGCUGAGAAGCCUUGAAGACUGGGGCUGGACUCAUGCAGAGGCUUAUUCUGGAGCUGGGUCUGGAUGACUCAAAGAUGGGGACUGCUGACUGGAGUGCUCACAUGUGGCCUCUACACGUGGCUUGGCUUCCUCACAGCAUGCUGACCUCAGGGUCAUUCUUACAUGGAGCUUCAGGACUCCAAGUGUACAUGUUCUAGCGAACGAGGCUGCAUCACCCAUCCUUAGCAGUCACACUACGUCCGAUCUCCUGUAUUCUAUUGAUCCUUAGCAGUCCUGAGCCCACUGAGAAGCCAGGGUGUAGGUCACAGACCGCCUCCUCUCACUGCAAGGGCUGACAAGGUCACAUUGUGGAAGAGACACAUUGCUGUGACCAUCUUUAGAAAACACAGCUUGCCACAAGGGCCAUUAACUAAAAACAAGAGGCCGAUACAUAAACUCGGUUUUUAAAUUUGCCAUUCAAAAUAUAACUGCUCAGUACAUCAAGAAUAUUUGUACCUACAGUCACUGUAUUCCUUCCCCUGUGGAAAAUUGACAGAAGCCGUUGACUUUUUAGAACAUGAGUGUGCAAGACAUUGAAUGGCGGUGGCUGGCAUCUCCAACCGUCAGAUCCAACGACAGCCCUCUUUUCUGUAGAGAUGUACUUGGCAAGCAAACUUAAUGGAAUACUCAGAGGCUCCCUUUGCCCUUUCUUCAAUACAGAAGGCAAUCUGAGAAGCUCUUUCUUGCUUCUUGAUCUUAUUAAAGAAGAUCUCUUUCGGUAAGUCAUUUUAGCUCAUCUUUUCUCCCCAUAUGCUGUACUUCAGUAGUUGACUUUCUGUGAGAAAUCCCUCAUUAGUGUCUUUCUCAGGUGGUGGUGUCUUCAAGAACCACUGAGUGCUGGGGCUGCGGCACCCACAGAUCCGGAGUCAGGUAGCCACCUUCCCACAGCUCCCACCGGCUCCUGCCGGCACCUCUAAGUACUGAAUAGAGUGCCCGCCUGCCUGUCAGUGAGGCUUGAUUUAGGGUUUUUUGUACUUUUUAAAUUUUAAAUCAAAAAUUGUAAAGUUGAUUUUCUCCUCUUAAUUUCCAAAAGACAGCCAUUUCUUAACCUUGUAGAAGCCCCAUUUUAAAAAUGCAUAUAUACAUGUAAAUAAAAUACAAGCUAGUUUGAAUGUUAAGUGUUUAUUGUGUGUGUUACUAGAAGUGAAGAAAACAGCGGGAAAUCUCUUGAGGUGAGUGAAAUUGGUGCAUGGCUGCUUUAUUUUUAGGUGAUUUUUAUAAACCAGAGGGGCAGAUACUACAGAAAGAGUCGUUUCCUGACAGCUGACAUGGCUGGCCUGUCUGCUUCUGCCAUCCUUGCUGGUUAAUCACCCCAGGCACUCUCUUCUUGGUUUGAGGAUGACACGCCCCCUCCUCGGAGGGAGCAGAUCCCAGCACUUCAUCCUGGACUGGGUUGUGAAGGCUUCUGGGGUGCACUGAGAAGACUCCAAAAGCCCUUGAAGCAGUCAGGAUGUGUGAUUCCAAAUCACAGGUUGAGGUCGACAAGAACCUUGGAGAGAGUGAGUUCCAAAUCCCCAUCUUACUGACAACAGAUCCAGGAGGACCAAGGCCUUCCUUGGUGCAUGGUACCCUCUGCACCCACAUCCUCCUCUAUUUCCCUCCACCCACUCCCAGGCCCCCAGAGUGGCCCAGGAAGAAGACUCUGGUGUCCAGAGCCUAACAGGGACAACCUGAGCCGAUGUUCAGGAAUUUGCGCUGGAAGCCAGAAGCUGUGUUGUACAAGGAAAACGGUACAUUGAGAUCCUUUCCCAGACUCUCAGACCCAGACUUUUUUCAACACACAAAGGCCACGGAAAGGAGAUUUCUUCUUCUACCUGCUUUUUUACUGUCAAUUACCUUGUACACAGAAACGGUGCAUUGUUUUUCUUGUAAAGUAAAUGCUGUUUAUAUGAAAUAAUUUGCUCUGUUACACCAACAGGAUGGUUCUAAUGUAACAGGUUGGCAGUGUGAGAAACAGAGGUUUCUCCUGUAGCCUCUAAGAAUGUGGAUAAAAAGCACAUGUUGCCUGGCUGCCUUCCAGUGAAAGUUUAAAUCAGUGAAGCGUACUUUUCAGAUUGCAUUAGUGCCAGCAUGAUGAUUUCUCAGGAGAGCUGUUUUUCAGAGUUCUGAGCCCAGUUUUUGUUUUGGGUGAUAAUGCCAUAAAGGAAAUGGAACCCAGGGACUCCAGGGGGUGCCCUCAGCCGUUUGGUUGAAUAGGGCGCCUGGGUGAGGAAUGGGCAGUCUUAACUCUGGAGAAGAAUUCUGGAAGAGAGUUACAGAGAGAAGACAGUCUUCUAAAACGUAACCCAAGCUCUGCGGUGGAAAUGGAGUGUUUAGAUAUAUUAAAAAUUCCUAAAAUAGUGUUUCACAUUCAUCAAGUAGAGUUUAUCCAUUCAAGAUGUAGCUGUUCCCCAAGCUUCCAUUUCUGUUUAGUUUUCCUUCCACAGUGCUGAAAUAUUGCAUUUUUACCCCAAGAAUUCAUGUCUGCAUUGAUCUGCAUUCCAUUGAUCAUGUUUGAAUCAUUAAAGGGAAUAGUGAAGACAUUAUACGUGAUGGUGGGGCUGAGAGUAGGGAAAAGAAGAGCAGAGAAAUAAAUGAAUCCCCCACCCAUGGGUGUGUGCAUAUGUGUGUGUGUGUGUGUGUGUGUGUGUGUGUGAGAGAGAGAGAGAGAGAGAGAGAGAGAUACAUCUUGUUGACUUUUUCAAAGAAUUAAUUUCACCUUUUACUAAUGUCCCUUGGCUAAGGAGAGGCUUUUCUGCCCAGGCAGACACUCCACAAAUCCACACAAAUACUCAAACACUUGGCAGCCUGCAGACCAGCACCUGCGGCAUUGGAGUGGGCGUCCUAAACACCAGGGCUGCCUCCCGAGGGACAGAGCCCCCUUCCAUGCCACUGUGUGCGUUGUAUGUAGUUCAGGGCAUUGGUCAACUAGAGCAUGUGCUAUUUCGUUAGGUAAAUGGAAAUGUGUUUCCAUCUGUCUUUCCUUUGGAUAUAUAAUUUGCAGUGAGUGAGUGAGUUCGCUGUUCCUGGUCCUUCCCAUCACUGAGGGAUCCAGAUGGAAUCUCCCAGCUGCACCCCAUGGUAUAUUUCUCCUCACCUGUUAUCUCUCUCUGUGGUUUUAUCUGUGAAGAUUAUUGCUACAAAGUGACCAGUCAGAGCCAUCCCUGCUGACCCCCGGAAUUCCUGCAGAACAGCCUUGUAGACAAGGUAUGGGCUGUUGAGUUCCUUGGGUGUGGUAUUUGUACCCCUCUCUCUAUGCAUAUUGGCUCUUGUCCUCAGAAUUACUCACUGCACAUUCGGCCAUUCCCAUGGUGCUGAUGACUGGGCAGAUCAAUCCCCUAGCCCAGGCCUCUUCUGGAGACUGAUACCCCUAGAUCCCGCUGUCCCACACAUGGCCAGCCACCAGAACUGUGUCCAAGAGCCGCUCCGUUUCCUCCCAUCAGUCCAUCAUUUCCACCUGUGUCGCCCGCUGUGCCCAUCCUCUCCCUCACUGCCCUCUGCUACUGUCUUGGGUGCUUGCAAACGCUGCAGCCGCUUGUGUUCUUUGCUGUUAAUUCUGCAGCCGCCCCCUCGCCAGGCUCUGCCUUCAGCCUCUUUGCACACAGCUUUCAGUGUUUGUGGGCUGCCCCCAGAACUCCCUCACUUAGCGCCGUUUAGGCAGAACCCACGCAUCCACCUACUCUGGGGGCUGCCAUGAGAUCCGACAUGGAAGCCCCCGCCUGGCUGCCUGGGGGCCUGGGCUGAGGGUGGAGGGCGGGGAGCCUGCAGGAGCACCCCAGCCUCUGCACUGCCCUCCCCACACACUGCCUGCUCUGUGCUGGUGCCCGCAGCCCAGCCACCUUCACGGGGUGAAAAAGGAGGACCUCCCUCCAUUUUCUGUCCAUCCUGAGUGCCAGAUCUGACUCAAGAUCCUGGCAACCCGCAGGUCAUCCAGGUCCACACGCAGGUCCUCACGCCCACGGGUGAGGAGCACAUUGCAUUAGGGUUCAGCAUUGACCAUUUGGAUAACCUUGAACCAGAGAGUUCCAGUCAUUGGGGUACGAUAGACUGAAUGUUUGUGUCCCUCUCAACCUAACCCCCAAGGUGAUGGGAUUGGGAAGUGAGCCCUUAGGGAGGUGAUUAGGUCAUGAGGAAUGGGAUUAGUGCCCUUGUAAGAGAUGCCUGAGAGAGACCCCUUGCCAAAAGGCUGUCACGUGAGGAUGCAGGGAGAAGUCACCAUGUACCAACCAGGAGCAGGGCCCUGGUCAGACUCACUCAGCCAGCCCCUGAUCUUGGACUCCCCAGCCUCCAGAACCGUGAGAAAUGAAUGCCUGUUGUUUAUGAGCCGCCCAGUUUAUAGUAUCGGGUUACAGCUGUCCAAAUGCACUGAGGUAGGGGGCAGGUGGCCUUGUAACAAAAUGUUCCAUUUUAUAAAAGUAUUAAUGAUAGGAACCUAUUAAAUAGCAAGACUCCCUAGUAUGCAUUUAAAGCCCAAUUUUACUUACGAGCAAAUGCCCACUUUCAGGGACAAACUAACAUGAGCAGUUCAGCCCACACCCCUGAGGAGUGUUGUAAGGCCCCCGGUUCCUUCAGACCCUGGCAGUCACAGUGCACUGCAAAGCUGUUGACACACAGGCAUGCACUGUUUUCCUCAGUAUUCCUAAGUCUUGGGGUCUUUGCCUUUAAUUGGGUUGUAGCUUUAGUAGAGGAAGGUAGGUCUCCACUGAAUUGGAUGUCCCUGUCUCCACAUACCUGAGGCUGAAUGCAAGGAAAAGCCAACCUCAUUAGGACAGGGCAGCCUCACUUCUUACCAAGGAAGGAGAGAAUGGGGAGGGGCCACAUGCUGUCAGAUCUCCAGUCACACUACAGGUUGCAAGCAGCCCCUGUCCCUUGCUCCCACUCUCCCCGCAGAUUCUGGCAGCCGCCAUCCAGGAGAUAACACGGAGAAAGAAGACCCAACCAGAAAGUCACACCAAGGGCUUGGCCCUUCGGAGCAGUCCCACAAAGCCCAAGUGGUUGGGAAGUACAUGUGUCGCUAUCUGCAAGUCCCACACUGGAAGUGUUAUAUGGAAUAAACUGAAGACACAGCCAGGCCAUGUGCCAGGCCCUACUGGGAGCGGCACCAGGUGCUAAGGGGACCUGACCUGGGGCAGCUGUUAGGGGCAGCCUGGAGCAUAGGCCCAGAAUGCGCCUCCCCUCUCCCUGCACAGUGACGGGGCGCUUCUGCAGUGUGCGGACAGGUGCAGGUGGCUGCAUGGCGGUGGCACUCUGUCCCUGCACGGUGACCAGGCGCUUCUGCAGUGUGCGGACAGGUGCAGGUGGCUGCGUGGCAGUGGCACUCUGUCCUUGUACUCUCCCCUGUGUGUCUUUCCCUGGAAAUGUUCAUCAGGGGUGUGUGUGUGUGUGUGUGUGUGUGUGUGUGUGUGUGUGUGUGUUUAACCUCAGAUAUUAAUUUGGUGACUUCUGGACUGAAAUUGAGCUUUGAAUGCACUGCUGCUGGAAAUCAAACAAUGAAUUUGAGAACUCAAGGCUCUCCCCUGGAUGUGGUUUGGCUUUUCCAGCCGCAGGUUCAGCUGAUUCAGAGCCUGUCCUGAGGGAUACACCCACAUUCUUCCCUUUCCCACCUCCUGCCCCUGCUACCUUGCCCAUGUCUACACUCAUUCCUUCAGAUGUCCAGGAGCAAAUCUCUUCCCCUUAAACUACAGGCCCAUUCAGUAGUACUGGGUUAGGAGAGUAGUACCCUCUGUGGGAAAACAGAUCACGUUUUGUUGCUUAAAAAAAUCGACUUUGAAGAGUAUUUUCCCCCUAGAUAUCUGCACAGUUGAUCUUCAAGCUUUUGCACAAAUGUCAUCUCAAUGAGUCUCUUCAGUUUUACAACCCAGUCUCCAGACACCCCGUCCUGCCCAGCAAGCCAAGUCUUCUGUUGUAGUCACAGGACUUGCAGACUCAUAACCUAUUGUUUAAUUUACUUAUUUUUUUCUCUGUUCUUAUUGGAAUAUAAACUCCACAAAGGCAGAGGUUUUCAUCCACUGGUAUGUGCUGAGCACCUAAAAUAAUCCUCAUUACAUGAUUAUUCAUUGAAUGAAUAUGUGGCUUUUGUUAUUUUUAAAUGAAUCUACAGUGUUGGUCUUAAAACUAACUGCCUUGGGUCUGUAUAUUUUGGCAUUUUAUUUUCUUAAGCAGCUGAGUCUUUCAAGAAGCAGAUAAAGAUGAUUAGUGUAGAAGUGAAACUCUGUAAAACUUUGGAAUGGGUAAGUGCUGAAGAGAGGGGAGGAGUGUGUGUGUGUGUGUGUGUGUGUAAAUGCGCGGACAUGUGAGCGUACACACGUACAUGCAUAGGUCAGAGGAGAGGAUAACGUGUUUGGAUGUGAUGUUGUGUCUCUUUUUGCAGUAGUAUCACCUUUUUUUAGCUGUCUUUUCAAUCCAAACUUUUCCACCGAGAAGGCACUGAGUCGUUCUUGCCUGACGAGGUGACCCAACCCCUCACGAGAAGGCCACGACAGCGUCACAAUCUGCUUGGGUGGUCUGUGGAUCCCCUGGGGUCGUUGACUCUUAAUUUUAAAAGACAAGGGUUAUAAGCUUUUGCUGUUUCGGUGAAAAUAUAUCUUCCUUUCCUAAAUUAAGGGAAACGUAAGUGGCUGGUAGUGUUUCCCAGACAACUGAGAUCAUGUUUGAAGCCUCGAUAAAAAGUGUGCAGAAAAAUCUCUGGAUGUGGCACGGAAACUGAUGUUGCUGUAAUCAGCAACUAGCAGGGGAUAUCUGAGAUCCCCCUCUGGAGACGCACCUGACUGCAUUUACGUGUCUGGUACUAACAUGUCCUCAUUAACAGAGCGUGCUGGAGCUGGAGCUGGAGCUGGAGCUUUGUUUCAGAGCGGCAUGUUCAAGCCAGAAUGUUUCAUGGCAGGCAGAUAGUCAUUCACUUUCCUUUUGGGCUGGUCUUUCAAAGUUCCCUUUUUCUCCUCCACAGAGGACAGUAUUUUCCAAGGCGUUCGAGUGUUUUGGUGGUAAAACAUUUUAAAGCAGUCUAAAGGGGUCAUGAAGAGCCAGCAGGAGGCCCCUAGGUGCAAGGUGUGGGAUGAUCGCGGGGCUGGUUAUGGAGCUGUCCCUGGGCUGACUCUGACUCGGCUGGCAGUGGGCAGCCUGCCCCAGCCUGUUCCUGGGCUGCAGAGAGCACCUUGCUCAUCGGAAUUUGCCGCUGUCCCAUGGUUUUUUGUAUGGCCCAGGAAACCGCCUCGAUUCUGGACAUGGAGCUCCACUGAGAGGACUUUAUUUGGGAAGGAACAGAAGCCUCUCAGACUCUUCUCUCAUAGUGCAUGGCUGCGUGGCUGCUCUGGGCGUGUCUUCAGAUAGCCUGGAUUUUACUUUUUACCCACGAUGCCAUUAACUUCAUUUCAAUGACUGAUAAAGUGUUCUUCUUGACAAACAGUGCAUUUGCUGAUAAUUAUUUCUUUUUGUUGUCAAUUUUAAAGGUGCUGCUCGACAGAUUGUGAGCCGAUUAUAAAUUGCCUCUCCCCACCUCCCACCAUCUCAUUCACUGCUUGUAUGACAUGUUAAACUGUUUUGAGGAGUGGAGCAUUUACAUAAGCGUCUGUUGAUCGACUGCAAAUGUAGUUCUCAGGUGCUGUGGUCUCACCUUCCACUGGGGCAACAAUGGGCCAUUUCCAGCAGGGACGGUGCGACGUUGGCCUGCAUGCCUGACUGCCACACACCUCCAGAAUCAGGUGUCUGAAAAGUGGCAGUGACAAAAGAAGAGACUCUCCCGGCCGAAGCCCCGGUGCAUGGAGAGAAGGAAGAAAUCAAUUUCCUAAUUGGUACCAUAUACAUCAGAUGGAUGGUUUCUAGUGUGCUUCCAAACCCCACCUCGGCUGAGUGUUGGGCAGCACUUCUACAUGAUCCUAUGACUCUUGAUAUGGACGCAGUCCUGUCAGACUUUGUUCGGUCCACAGGGGCAGAACCUGGUCUGGCCAGAGACCUGCUGGAAGGCAAAAACUGGGACCUGACAGCCGCUCUGAGCGACUAUGAGCAGCUCCGCCAGGUGCACACAGCCAAUCUGCCGCAUGUGUUCAACGAAGGGAGGGGUCCCAAGCAGCCAGAGCGAGAGCCACAGCCCGGGCACAAGGUGGAGCGGCCCUGCCUGCAGAGGCAGGACGACAUUGCCCAAGGUACCACUGAGGGACUGAGCCUGGGCACAGCUGCCCAGGCCAGUGCACCGCAGCUCGCAGAAAAGCGACUUUCCCGGGGGAUUUCCCACGCCAGCUCAGCCAUCGUCUCCCUGGCCCGGUCCCACGUGGCAAGUGAAUGCAACAACGAGCAGUUCCCCCUGGAGAUGCCAAUCUACACAUUCCAGUUGCCAGACCUGAGCGUGUACAGUGAGGAUUUCAGGAGCUUCAUCGAGCGGGACUUGAUCGAGCAGGCAACGAUGGUGGCUUUGGAGCAGGCAGGUCGCCUGAACUGGUGGUCCACUGUGUGCACAAGCUGUAAACGGCUUCUUCCUCUGGCCACGACAGGGGAUGGGAACUGCCUUUUACAUGCCGCCUCACUGGGAAUGUGGGGGUUUCACGACCGGGACCUGGUGUUACGGAAAGCUCUCUAUACCAUGAUGAGGACGGGAGCCGAGAGGGAAGCCCUGAAGCGGAGGUGGAGGUGGCAGCAGACACAGCAGAAUAAGGAGUCAGGGCUGGUGUACACGGAGGAGGAGUGGGAGCGGGAGUGGACGGAGCUGCUGAAGCUGGCCUCCAGUGAGCCGCGCACACACUUCAGCAAGAACGGCGGCACAGGCGGGGGUGUGGACAACUCCGAGGACCCCGUGUAUGAGAGCCUGGAAGAGUUCCACGUUUUUGUCCUAGCCCAUAUAUUAAGAAGACCCAUCGUUGUUGUGGCAGAUACCAUGUUAAGAGACUCAGGUGGAGAAGCGUUCGCACCCAUCCCAUUCGGAGGGAUCUACCUGCCCUUGGAGGUCCCUCCCAACAGAUGCCACUGCUCGCCUCUGGUUCUGGCCUAUGAUCAAGCACAUUUCUCUGCUCUCGUGUCCAUGGAACAGAGAGACCAGCAGAGAGAACAAGCCGUGAUCCCCCUGACGGAUUCUGAGCACAAGCUGCUGCCUCUGCACUUUGCAGUGGACCCUGGCAAGGACUGGGAGUGGGGGAAAGAUGACAACGAUAACGCCCGGCUGGCCCACCUUAUCCUGUCGCUAGAAGCCAAGCUGAACCUUCUGCACAGCUACAUGAAUGUGACAUGGAUCCGGAUCCCCUCCGAGACACGGGCGCCCCUGGCACAGCCGGAGUCUCCCACGGCCUCGGCAGGGGAGGACGUGCAGUCCCUGGCCGACUCGCUGGACUCGGACCGCGACUCGGUGUGCAGCAAUUCCAACAGCAACAACGGCAAGAACGGCAAGGACAAGGAGAAGGAGAAGCAGCGCAAGGAGAAGGACAAGACGCGCGCCGACUCCGUGGCCAACAAGCUGGGCAGCUUCAGCAAGACGCUGGGCAUCAAGCUGAAGAAAAACAUGGGCGGUCUCGGCGGCCUGGUGCACGGCAAGAUGGGCCGCGCCAACUCCGCCAACGGCAAGAACGGGGACUCGGCAGAGCGGGGCAAGGAGAAGAAGGCCAAGUCGCGCAAGGGCAGCAAGGAGGAGUCGGGUGCGUCGGCAAGCACGUCGCCCUCGGAGAAGACCACGCCGUCGCCCACGGACAAGGCGGCGGGCGCGUCGCCGGCGGAGAAGGGCGGCGGGCCGCGGGGCGACGCCUGGAAGUACAGCACGGACGUGAAGCUGAGCCUCAACAUCCUGCGCGCCGCCAUGCAGGGCGAGCGCAAGUUCAUCUUCGCCGGCCUGCUGCUUACCAGCCACCGGCACCAGUUCCACGAGGAGAUGAUCGGCUACUACCUGACCAGCGCGCAGGAGCGCUUCAGCGCCGAGCAGGAGCAGCGGCGCCGCGACGCGGCCACUGCCGCCGCCGCCGCCGCCGCCGCCGCCUCCUCCUCCACGGCCAAGCGGCCAGCGCGCAGACCGGAGACGGAGGGCGCGCCGGUCCCGGAGCGCGCCUCUCCGGGCCCGCCCACGCAGCUGGUGCUCAAGCUCAAGGAGAGGCCGAGCCCCGCCCGCGGCGGCGGCGGCGCGGCGGCGGCGGCGCACGGCCCUCCCCGGCUAGGCGCGCGGCGUGCGGCAGCCAGGUACCGAUCCUCCGGCCGCAGCCCCCCGGCGCCAGCGCGCCAGAGCGUCAUCCACGUGCAGGCGUCGGGCGCGCGGGACGAGGCGUGCGCGCCGGUCGUGGGGGCGCUGCGGCCGUGCGCCACGUACCCGCAGCAGAACCGCUCGCUGUCGUCGCAGAGCUACAGCCCGGCGCGCGCCGCCGCCCUGCGCACCGUGAACACGGUCGAGUCGCUGGCGCGCGCGGUGCCCGGGGCCUUACCGGGCGCGGCGGGCCCGGCGGGGGCGGCAGAGCACAAGUCGCAGACCUACACCAACGGCUUCGGCGCCGCGCGCGACGGCCUGGAGUUCGCCGACGCCGACGCGCCAACCGCGCGCUCGAACGGUGAGUGCGGCCGUGGCGGCCCGGGGCCGGCGCAGCGGCGCUGCCAGCGCGAGAACUGUGCGUUCUACGGGCGCGCCGAGACCGAGCACUACUGCUCCUACUGCUACCGCGAGGAGCUGCGGCGGCGGCGCGAGGCGCGUGGGGCCCGGCCCUGAGCGGCGCGGCGCAGGCGGCGAGGUUCUACCUUCGAGGAUUUCUUUUCCAUUGUGUCGGUGUCUUUUUUACAUGCUCUGGUCCACCGGAAGGCCGGCGCCUCCUCUGUCAGUGCCGUGUACGUGUUUGGUCAAACGUUCCUAAUGGUGCCUGAACCUACACUGACGCCACUCAGGUAGUAGACGGAUAGGAAACAAGUCAUACUGUUGGAAGUGGGUGUGCUAGCCUAGCAUCUGCCUCGUACCUGUGGAAACUCAAUAGCCAUUGCAAGAGUAUUUUUGUUCCUCAGUAAGAAAUAAAGAAAUUCGCAGCCCUUUGUUUUUAGAAGGGAGUGUUUUACAUGCUUUUUUUGCUUUUUUUUUUUCUCCUAACCUAGCGAUGACCUCUUCCAGGUAGCGGUCCCCUGUGCGCGGUUGGUAGUACCCAGGGCUUAGAGUGAACGCGCACCCGGGGCUGCGGUGGAGGCUCCUCUGCGAGCUCCACUUGCCUCCCAUCCCGGGACCUAGGAGAAGGCGGGUACCUGGCCGCCAGCUGACGCCCUGGUGGUCACUGUAGCCCUUUAGAAACACACAGCUCCAUUUCAUAAGCCAAACCUCCUCCCCCAGCCCCGGCUCAAGCACCAUUCACACACUGCCAUCCAAGCCGCGGGGGGCCGUGGGAAGGGCACUUGGACCACCCGUCUCGCGGGCGCGGUUAGGUACAGCGAUGACUCCCAGUGCCGGGCAGCUCAGGUGACAGGAGCUUUCCAAAGACACCUAGGGUCCAAAAAGCAGGGUUCCCAUCUCACAAUUUGGAUUUGCCCAUAGAGGAGAAGAUAGGACAGCCUGCUCACAUUUCUCCUUUGAAGGCACUUCCACAGUGGACUGUCGCUGGAGGGCCCCUGGGCGAUGACCAUCGGUGCCCCGGGAGACAGCGAGGAAUUCACCCUUCGGUCACUGUGUAAGCCCCCACUAGGUUUCUGCUCUUUCCAAAGGGGAGGAGCUGGGGGAACCAGGAAGGAAGCCCACCCCAACACCUGCAUCUGUCUGGGUUCAGCCAGGUAAAGGGACUCACUGUGAUCGUGGCCCCUUCGUGGGGCAGGACGACCCUGCCUCCGUCUCGUGACACAAUGAGGGAGCAGCCCGAUCCCUGUGCGGUCUCUUUUUUGGUGCCUCCUACAUUUCUUGAGGGAAAAAAAAAAAAAAUGUGUCCUUAGCUACCCUGUUUUGAGCAGCAAUAUGCAGCCUCUUCCUUCCAAGAUUACCUCCGGAGAACACCAUUCUUGGCCAGGGACACUGAGGAGCUAAACCUGCCUCACUAAGGAACGAACUUGUUUCCAAGAAAUGAGGAUAAGAUGGGUAAAAUCCUCACUAACAAAAGAAUACUAUAAAACCUGUGAGAGCCUUAGAAUAGCUUCUAAUACUCCUAGGAAAGGAGAAAGCGCCUGGUUUUGCUGUGAGUGUAUCCUCAGAAAAAGCAGGAGGUCGACCAUCUCUUCACUGGAGCCAGCUUCUCCUCUAGAAACGAUGCUUUUUUCCCUAACUAAAGAGCAGCAAAAACAAACAAACAAAAAAGUGGGAGGGGAUUUUUUUUACUUGUUUGGAAAAUUAUAAUAAAACAAUUAUCUCCUGUGAGUAAUGCCUUUUUGCUUUUAAUUAUUCCACAGCAGGUGGAGUUUUCAGUAAUUUGUUCAAGUUUUGCAUAAGUGGUUCCUUAAAUCAAAAAUUAUUUAUUAAAUAGGAUCUUUAAGAAAUUUUUUGAAAGUUUUACUUUUCCUGCUGAACAAUAUUUUCAAUGUCUGGUGAUUACUGUACUAACAUUCACGUCCCUGAUAUUACUGGGAUUUCUUUUAUUACUCAGAAAACAAAAGUGGUUUUUAAAAAAUCUCAUGGAGAGGGUCUGUGGCAGCUUUCUGGACUGAUUCUUCGUGUCACGCUGAGCAGCCGCUUUGGCAUCCAAAGCUAUGGGGUCACAGGAAGUGUUGCUUCGGGUGUGGAUGCCAGCCACUCCUCAUGCCCCUCACUCCUAAAAGAUGGAGACACCCAACCUUAAAAAUGCUUCAGUGGUCCAUUCAGAAACCAAACUCGCAUGCACAAGAUGUCAAGGAGGCAUAAAGUCAACUCUUGUUUUUCUCAUUUCUUAAUGUAAAAACAGCCAACCAGAAGUUUCUAAAACUGGCUAUGCAAAUUCAGAUAUUUUCUUUCUCAUGAGAUCUGCCUGGUUUGUUUAAUUUAAAAAAAAAAAAAAAAAAAAACAGAAUAAAAACAGUCCGUUGUAAUACAGGAAAACCUUCCAAACCAGGCAGAGUACGUAAUUAUCAAAGCACCAGGACCUAUUCUACCCUUGCAUUUCAAAGUUACCUCCACCCAUCACCAUCUGAUGACAGAUGUGCCCUAAAUAAGAGCCUGAGAUAAAACCACUGGCUGCAUCCCGCGCCCCAGCUUCUCAGUACUUGGCCCCACCAGGCUGAGCGGAAGACACACGCUCCAGGCUGGUACAUUACCACUCAGUCCACAUGACUUAGGAAUAGGAUCUGAAUCCAUCCUUCCUCUAAACAGUAUUUUUAAAAAAAAGGGAGAGAGAGCCGAUAGUCAUAUUAAAUGUGCAGGCCCCAUGCACCGACAGCAUGCUCCUUGAGAAGAGCUGUUUAGACCUCGUCCCUGGCCAGAGACCAACUUCAUCAGGCUGGCCAGGAACUAUUAAAAACUGUGUUGACUGCAUGUGGGCCAAGGGCUUCCCUCAUAUUCCAUGGCAUGAGGGCCCUUUGUGGAGCAGGGAGAAAGGGAAGAAGGUGAGUCCCCCUGGGGUGUAUGGCCCUGCUGUCGUCGCUGACCCUGCCUGAGAGCAGCCUUCCCCUCCUGAUCUGGCCACACUUCCCUUUCUAGGAAGGACAGGUGUCUCCAAGGGACUGCAGGUUUCCAGAGGAUCCCAGAUACUUCUAAACCCCUGUGAAGGUUACUUCAGAAAUUUACAUUUCCUGCACAUUUGUUACCUGGGUAAAUGAUUUUUUUAAUAUAUUGUUAAGGGAAGGUGUUUUUCAGUGUAUUCUGUUUGUAGAUUUUAUGCUGUGUUACGUUGAAAUUUUACAAGCCAAGUUUAAACUAUACUAUAAAAAUUAUUUUUGUAUUAUUUUCAGAACAUGCCACAGAGCAAUAUUUUGCACCCUUUAUUGUCACAGGGUUGUCCCUUAGAAGGGUAACUGGAGGUGGGAAGGAGCUCCACUCUGGGCUCCGGGGGUUAAACGCUUUUUGCUGCUUGUUCGAAUACCUUCUGAAAGUGGGUAUGUAUAAAUGUCUGUUUUUAUUGAAAGCUUGAUUUCCUUUUUUUCUGUUCAUGGAUUCUGGUACUGCACCUUUCCUCUUAAAUGAAUACUUUGUAUUCACUAAAUUACUGUGGACCUUUUCUUACCUAUUACCACCCAGUGGCAUUUGAAUCUAUUACUUUACAAAUUGAAUGUUUUUCCAAAUGAUUUAAUUUCCUCAUUCUCAUAGCUUACUGUCAAGAAUUGGGUGGCUGAAGAUAAAAGGACUCUCCAUGCCCCCCAGGUGCACACCUCAGGGUGUGGACAUCCUCCAUGCAGCGCCCGCCCUGUCUCUGAGGAGGGGUCAUGGGUCCAUCGCCCACCCCCACCUCCCCCCACUUAAUAUCCACAAACUUAUUUUGCAAACCAUUCUACUUUGCAAAAAUAAACUUAACCUAGCAAAAUAUAGUUCACAUUAGUUAAGAUAAAAGGGCUGUACUUAUCAAUGGUGGGAAAUUUGUGCAAGAAAAAAACAAAGACUUUUCCAAAUCCGUGUGUGUAAGUUCCAUUCCAUGUGGGUCUUUUAUUUACUAAGAGACUUGGAGUAAAAGCUGGAGGCAUCUGCUGUAUGUUUGGGGCUCCUUUCUUUAUGACAAGAUUCUUUUUCUCCUCAUCUUGGUGUGGACUUCACAAAUUAAGUUUCCCCAGUGUUCUAUCCUUUAUCUUCAGUGCUUCUAAUAAACAAGAAGAAAUGUGUUUCCAUGACUGAGCGAGCCCUGUGGGGUCAAGCAGACCUUACCAGCUCUGGCUUCAUCCUCACUGGGCUGCAGAGGCGGCCCCUGCUCUAGUUGAGUCUGGUUCUGCUGCCAGCUGAGGACAGACACACCAUAUGAAGGGCCCAGAGGUAGCUGGCAUGUCAGGGAGCAGGUAUCCCCUUCCAAAACGCCUUAAAGUGAUGGCUCUUUGGAGACCUGAGGCACCACCUUCACAUUUGCUCCUGACUCAAAACUCUGGCCCGUUUUAGUGUGGCUGGCCAGGGCAGUGACCAGCGCUCAGCUUUGUUCUUGUGUCAUUCAACUCCACCCCGCUGCCCGUGUCCUCUCCACAGCUCUGGGUCUGUUGGCCCAGAGUGUAUUUCUGCCAGUGCUGCCUCACUGACUCAGGAGUGGGUCCUGGAUAGUUCAUGAUGGAGAGGCCAGCACAUGCCAUGGGGAGAGCCCCCCACACUUACCCCGGGAGGCCCUGCUGCACAUCCAGGCUGGACCACUCUGCAAGCUUCUGUCGUGAAAGACAGGUAUGGGCACUGUGCAGAUUGGCCUGUUAGCAGUUAUGCAGGUCCCUUCUUUUCCAAAAGAUCUAUUCUUCUUCCCACUGCACCCCAGCAGAAAAGAGCUAGGGAGAUGCCCUGCAGGGACCCCCGGGAACAACAGGUAUGUGCAGUCUGCGCAGUAUGAAGAACUUGGCCCCACCAGGCUGAGCGGAAGACACACGUCAUUGCAGAACAGCACUGAAGCCAUCAUCUCCAACCAUGCUAGUAAUACUACUAUUUCUAUUUAUUUUGCCAAAUAGUUUGUUGAAAUUUGCAUUUUUGCUAUUUUUAUCUUGCCAAAAAAGGGGGCCUCACUAAUCCUAAUUAUGUACAUACAGAAUGAUGCACAUUGCUUAUAUCUUUUUAUUCCUCCCAAAGAGCAUCUCAAGGAUAUAUAUGUAUACACACACACAUUUGUUUAACGUAAGGUGAAGAGUGCCAUUUGGUUUUAAGAGUAAAUAUAGGCCAAAUCUAUUCAAGACCAAAGCAACCUAUUAAUUUAAUGAGGACAAAUUAGUGAAACCAGCUGUUUUAGAAUUUAUCUACAGACACUGGAGUGCUACUUUAAAUGAAGAAACAGCUUCCCAUGGCAGAGGAAAAGUCAGGUCCUUACAAAGGCCUCUCCCACCCCAGUACUACUUCUGCCUGCUGCUCUGCCCUGGGACGUAGGCCUUCCUGCCAUUUCUAGUCACAGGCACCCUCCUGCCUCAGGGCCUUUGCACAUGUCAUUCCUUCUACCUGGAACAUUCUUCCCCAGAGAGCCACAUGGUUCACCCCUCACUACCUGCCAGUCUUUGCUCCAAUGUCACCUUUCAACAAGGCCUUCCCUGACUUCUUUAUUUAAAAUAACAACACACCCCACUCUCCCUCCCUACCCACCUCUCUGCAUCUUCUUCUUGUGCAUUUCUCACCAUCUGAGUGCUGCAGAUGUUAAUCAUUCAUCCAUUUAUUUGAUUCUCGCCUCCCUGUCUCCCAUAGACUGUAAGCUCCACGUGGGCAGGAACUUUCAUGUGUCUUGCUCAUCACUGUAUCCUGGUGCCUACAACAGUGCCUGAUACCUAUUAGGCACUGGAUAAGUAUUUGUUGAAAGAAGGAAAUGAAAUCAGUAAAUCGAAACCUAUUAAGAGGCCAGAAAGUGUCAAUUUCAGCUUUCAUCAAAUCUAGGUUCUAUUAUUGUGAGAACUUUAGUUGACCCAGUGACCUGGCUCCUGUGGGUACAAGAUGGCUAGAUAUGGCAUUGAGCAACACUGGGCAGCAGUGGUGGCUUCUGUCUGUGAACGCCUGCCCUGCCGCUAACCCGCACAGAUGUGAGGCUCGUUGUUCGCAGGGGAGCAUUUUGGAACCAGCUGGGAUGAAGACAGUUUUAGACGGGUAGCUCUAGUAGUCAGAUGCACAGUAGCGGGUUCCCGUCACUCCGUGAGGUCACUGUAGACCUGGACCAUUCCAGAGAAUCCUUUGUUCAUCAGUCUUUAGGUGUCUCCCAGUCCUUCCCAGUUCCACACGGGUGGCAGCAGAUGGCCCAGCCCAGGGAAAGUCCAUCUGACCAUUAGAAGGACUCAUCCUCCAGCGACCAAAGCAGGUUGCAGAGGAAGAGGAGCUUGUCACAAACAUUAACCAGCACAGGGCUGGGCAACUGCACUGACAAAUUUGGAAGCAGCAGGACCAGAGAGCCAAGGUCCCUGGGUAUCCCCAUUGGCCGCUGGUAGAGGUGCACUGGAAGGUCAGAGUCUUGACGCCACAGAGCCAAGCAACACACACCGCCUUGGGCCCAGGACCCAGUGCUGGCAGCUGGCCUCACCCACAGCAGGGAGGUGUGGGUCCUCCAGUGACCUUCCUGCCCCUGCCAGAUGAUUUUGACAACUACCUAACCUUGGUGUUUACUUCUAGGUCCUUUGGCCAAAUGCAUUUUCUUCUAAGAGUUGUUGGCAAAAUACUGUUACAAGCUUCUUAUGGGACUUUUGUCCUACUGUGACCUGGUUAAAGGCUUUGUCCUUCUCUUUAAUCCGCUUCUGUGGUUUUGCUGUCAUUUCUCUUGAUGCCAUAUUUUCAGGUCCUUCAUGGGAGGGGGCAUAAGGUCUCCAUCGUAACGUCCCCUCUGCAGCUGUCCAGCCAGCAGUGACUGGGCCCCUACAUGUGCGUUCCUGUGCUUGAAUUGUCAAAUAAACAGUGUCCCUUUCAUUGCCGCCCAAACAGACUGGAGGCCUGCUCCUGCCAGCACUCAGGGGGGGAGUGUGUGCUUCCCAAGAGCCUGCCCCCUUGGCCCAUGCAAACUUUCUCCAUGGCAGGUGUCCAUGGAGGUCUCCCAGGCCCUAUGGGCUGUCCAGCUCUUUGCGCACAUUCUUCCCGCUUGCAGGAAUGGAAACCAAACACCUGAUAUGGAAUGAUGACUUGGCAGCGGGGAGUGGGGCAGCUUGUCUCCACUAACUUAGGACCAAAACUAGGAAACUCACCAUGAGCAUGCUUUGGAGAUCAGCUGUGGCCUCGAGCCCCUGUACACGCAGAGGCAAGCCCCACCUCUGACAGAGCCAGUCACCAUUCAGCAGGAGCUUCGCUUCCCCGGGCCCACAGGUAGGAAAGGCUGGGCUCUUAGUCCUAUAAGUAAAGGCGCUGUUAGGAGCAAGGAGCAGGUUCAGCUGGGUCCACAGAGGAACUAAGCUCCUUAGUGACCCGUUACUGCCUCAUCUACGGAGUUUGAACUCCAUUCACCAUCACCUUUGAGAAUUUGGCCUUGUUUUAACUAAGGAUUGUUGAAGUAAAUUAUAACAAGGGACCAUCCUCACCCUGUGUUUGCUUUGUUCCAUUAAACAUGCGUUUGGCCUAAUGAAGUCAGUGAAUGUUCCUCUUUCUUUUUUGUUUUUUGGUUUCUUUGGUUUUUGGAUGACAUAUGUUGCUUUAUUUCUCCUUUUUUUUUUUUUUUUUUAUUACUGUGGACAAAGGAAAAUAAUGAGGCAAAAACAGGUCGUCAGUCACAUUACUUUGACCCAGUUGUGCAGAACCCCUUUUUACCUGCAGGUGUUAAUUCCAAUUCAAUGCAAAUAUCCUUUUCAAUCCGGUCCAUUCUUGGAGAAGAAACCCAUUGUAAGAGCUGUCUUCUGUGGUUGGGAUAUUACUUUGUAAAGUAUUAAAGCACUAAACCAAUUUUUGCAAUAUGUAGUAAAUCUUGCUUUCAUUUUGGAAAACUUCCAGUAAUGACUACUGCACUUUUUAUAGAAGAAUUGUAUUUAAUUUCUUUCUUUUAUGAAAGAUUAUUUCAAGUAAAAAUAGCUCUGUAAUCUGUGUGACAUGGCUUCUCCAUUACCUGACACAGAGAGAAGCUUUGAUGCCUACUCAAUAAAAUUAACAUGUUUGUAAA